ACAGCACUGAACAUAGUGUCAUAGCUAUUAGACAAUGUUUGAAUGUCAAAUUCCCAAAAAUGUUGAAAACAUCGUGUUUCAUCAAAAGGUUGAAUGAAAAUUUAUAUUGCACUUGCAAAAGGUUACAAAAUACAACAGCCAAUGCCAAUCAGAGUUUCCGCCAAAAGGCAUGGGAGGCGGCCCGAGAACGUUAUGUCAACUACGAGCAUGUGCACUACAGCUCUUUUCUCGAGCACAAUUUGGCGCCGCUGGGCAAGAUGAAGCAUCUGAGUCCCUCGGUAUUUCCUCCAUUACAUGUACUACUGGAGAUUGACCGCAAGAUGGCGCCACAAUCUAUACCACCGUAUCCCAAGAACUGGAUGGAGGACUAUGAAUUUUAUGCGGGUGGAAGCGAAGGCGAUUCAGGGUUAAUAGAUUCCAAGCAUGGAACACCGGAUGCUUCAGUCUCCCCAUCAACAGUGCCUUGCAACGGAUGUGGUGCGCAUUUACACUGCGCUAGUAGCUCCAUGCCCGGCUACAUUCCCAGCGAGAUCUUUAAGGGUCGUUCUGAUCUUGAGCUAAGAACUAUCACUUGUCAGCGCUGUCACUUUCUCAAACACUACAACAUAGCACUAGAUGUCGAGGUGCCCGCAUCUGCCUAUGUGGAAACUAUAUCGCGCAUUCAGGAUAAAUUUGCACUGGCCAUCAUCAUUGUGGAUUUACUCGAUUUGCCCGGUUCCAUCUGGCCAGGCAUGCAGCAAGUUCUGGGCGCCAAGCGUCCCGUCUUUCUGGUCGGCAACAAGGUGGAUUUGUUGCCGCGCGACUCCAACAGCUACCUGAACCAUGUACAGAACUGCCUAAAAGAUCAAUUCGUGCAGCACGGCGGCUUUGAUGCCCUCAACAUUAAGAAUGUCAGCCUAAUAUCAGCUAAAACGGGCUUCGGCAUUGAAGAACUCAUCACGAAGCUCCACAAGAUUUGGCAAUACAAGGGCGAUGUAUAUUUGCUGGGCUGCACCAAUGUUGGCAAGAGUACGCUGUUCAAUAUAUUGCUGAAUUCGGAUUAUUGUCGCCCAGAGGCUAGUGAACUAGUGCAUAAAGCGACAACUUGUGCCUGGCCAGGCACCACCCUUCAAAUGCUCAAGUUUCCUAUAUUGCGGCCCUCGGAUAUGCGUGUAUAUCAUCGCUUUAAGCGGCUGUUGUCGGAGCGUGCCCAGCGCGCAUCACUGGAAAAACUGCGCCGCGACCAGGCUAGGGACUCACCGGGAGCAACUGAAUCAGCUCAACUCAUUGGCCACGUGGGACGCACCUUCGAGCAACGCACGAAUGUGGAUGAUGCCUUCGCUAUGGCAACGGGUACUAAGCCCAUUACGUCCCUCAACGAGCGCCAGAAGGAAUACCGCCAGGCACGUUGGGUGUUCGAUACUCCUGGUGUUAUGCAGCCAGAUCAAAUUACACCGCUGCUCACCACGGAAGAGCUGCUGCACCUGCAACCGACGAGAAUGCUGAAACCCCGAGCACUUCGCCUGGCACCCAAUAUGUCGCUAUUUGUCGGUGGUUUGGCUCGCAUUGAUCUGAUUGAGCUCAACAGCGAUUGGGCAAAAUUGUUUGUAUUUACGGUAGACAUAUUGCCGCUGCUUGUUACUGACACGGUGCAAGCUGAUGCUAUAUAUAAGCGUUAUCUGGGAACCCCGUUGCUGGGGGUGCCGCUCCCUGGUGAGGAUCAGACUCGCUUGCACCGCUGGCCGGGAUUGCAGUGUCAAACGGAAGACAUUGUGGUGCAAAGUGGUGGACCAGUUGCCAAAGAACGGUCUGAAAAACGAUUGAAUUGUGAUAUAACUCUAAGCUCAGCAGGAUGGCUGGGACUCUUGUUGCCUGAUAAUUCGGAGAGCGUUUGGAGAGUUUGGACUCCUCAAGCGGCGGGUGUUUAUGUGAGGCAGCCAUCGUUGAUUCCUUUGGCAAAUCGUUUAGUGGGCAAACGCAUACGAAACUCGUUGGCUUACAAUACGUCGAAGCCUUUUGUUUAUAGAAAAUAGUAUAGAUUGUUAUUGCGAUGCUAAUAAAUUGUCAGUUUUGAAAUAA